AUGCCACCGCAACAAGCCUGGGCGUCACGCCAAUUUCAAGACUGCGACUCGGAUGGAAAAUCACGCGCCGUGCAAUGCAAAUGGUGCAUAGAANAGAAAGUCGCCUACAACAGCACUUCACGCAAGACUUCACAUCUCAAGCAAUGCGUCGCCUUCAACGAACACGUCGUUCAGCUUGUUGAGGCUGAGAAUGCCGGCGGCUACCUGUGUCGCGAACUCGAGCAGAUGCCUGCUGUCGUCCUGGAAUCCGUCCUCGAUCAGACUGGCUGCAGAAGAUUGCAACAAGGUCAUGCAGGACAAGGCGCUGUGGGCAUGGGAGCUGUGAAUGGCCAACUCGGUGCCCAAGCUGCUGUACUGUUUGGUAACGGCAAUGUUGGCGCGCCGAGAUUGAACGGUAUGAACGACACUCCUCGCUCAGAAAGACCUACACCUUCGUCAGCACUUCGCGCCAACCCAAACUCCAUCUCCCACGCCUCGACGCCGUCGUCCGUACCGCAGCGCGGUGCUUCCAACUUCAACCGCGCUCAGAUCGAUAGAGCCUUUGCCUCUGCCCUGAAUCACCCAUCUACCACAUCUCCCGCCCUCCAACCUCAUCAAACCCCCAAUCAAUCCGCGCUACAGCCUCCCAAUGGCCAAGAUGUUUCGGGCCUCCUCAGUUCAUUCAACUCCUCGACGGACCCACGAAUCUCAGACGCCCUGCGUCUUCUGGACAAGGACACACGCGUGAGAAUUGCAAGAGAGUUGCUGGACGAGGCAUACGAGGGUGUCAAAAGAGCUGUGGACAACUACAUUGAGAAGCAACAGUAUCUCAAUGCUAUUCUCGAAGACGGUGCUGAAUUGGGUGCUGAUGAUCAGGGACGUUAG